GACGGAUUCCGAGCGCACCAAUGACAUACAUCCGCGGGCCGAACAGCGCCUCCACACCCUCGAAAGGCGUACAGUGUGCAAGUUGGGAUGUUGUUUGGGCGUCUGUGUGAAGAAAAAACUGGCUGGAACCAGAUCUUGUCCUUAACCCUUCGCUUUCUAAUUCCCAUGAGGGGCAGUGGGAAGCGCGUGUGGCGACAGAGUCAAGCGGCUCGGGUACUUUCGACACCGGGACUCCUUUCUAUGCUGGCGGUAGGGAGCGUACAGAAAUGGUGCUGUGUGGACUCAAGAGACCACAUUUCUUGGGGCCGAACGUAUACACGGAGCCCCCAGAUGGAGGCUGGGGAUGGGUGGUGGCCGUGGCCUUUUUCUUGGUGGAGGUCUUCACCUACGGCACCAUCAAGAGCUUUGGUAUCUUCCUCCAAGAGCUGAUGAAGGAAUUUGGGGAGAGCAACAGCCGGGUGUCCUGGAUCGUUUCCAUCUGUGUCUUUGUCAUGACCUUUAACGGCCCUCUUUCCUCCAUGCUGACCAACCGCUUUGGCUUCCAGCUUGUCGUCAUGAUCGGAGGCGCCCUGAUCUCCGCGGGGACCAUCGCGACGAGCUUUACCACCUCCGUCAAUCAAAUGUACAUCACCUACGGCAUGGUGGCAGGUCUCGGCUACUGCUUGACAUUUUUACCCACGGUGACAAUCCUGUCACACUAUUUUAGCCGACGCCGCUCACUGGUCACCGCCAUAGCGUCCACUGGAGAGGCCCUGUCCAUGUUUGCUCUCGCCCCGGCCUUCUCCUCUUUGAGGGAUCUAAUCGGCUGGCGUCACACCAUGGCGGUGAUCGGAGCUUUGCAAGGCACCAUCGUUAUUUGCGGCGCUCUGCUUCGGCCAAUCGUCAUCCAGCCCAAAACAAGGCAGGAGACGGAGACGGACAGAUCCUCUCCGAAGAACGGGGACGCCCAAAGCACGCACGGGAACGUGGAGUGCGCCACCAAAGGCGAUUUGAUUGUCGAUGAGACAAAUGGACGGGAUUUUGUGAGGAACGCCGAUGUCCGCUACGAGGUCAACUGCAAGCAAGAUGAGAGGACAUUACUAACAAAUGAAGUCGCAGAGUUGCCCCCGGGUGACAAAAAUGACAAUAGCGCUGGAGGACAGAAGAACGAUGUGGAGAAACAAGUGGAUGAGAAACCCGUAAGGAGGUUUAAACUUCUGGAUUUCUCCAUACUCAAAGAGUGCAGCUUCAUCUUGUACUCGCUCUUCGGACUGUUUGCUACGUUAGGCUUCUUCGCCCCUCAACUCUACAUCAUCGAGCUGAGCGUCAGUCGCGGCGUCGAGCGCGAUCGCGCCACCUACAUGCUGUCCACCAUGGCGGUAGCUGAAAUUGUCGGUCGCUUUUUUAUCGGAUGGCUUCUGACACAGAAUCGGAUCCAGAAGAGGAAGCUGCUCGUCCUCCUGGCUUGCGUCAUUUCCAUGACCGCCGACCUGGUGGGAUUUACUCUGGUCACCGAGUUUUACGGGCUAGCGGUUUGCUGCGGCGUGUACGGGUUCUUCAUGGGGACCCUUGCAUGCACGCAUAUUCCCAUGCUGGCGGAGGAUGACGUGGUGGGCUUGGAGAGGAUGUCCUCCGCCGCCGGAGUCUAUGUGUUCAUACACAGCUUCGCGGGCCUGGCUGGACCACCACUCGGAGGUGUGUUAGUGGACGUGACUCAGAACUACGGGUCAGCCUUCUACUCGUGUGCAGUGGGCAUGGCGGUGAGUGCCGUCUUCCUGGGCUUAGUGAGACCUGCCAAGAGAGGACUACUUUGCAUGAAGAGGACAGGGAGGCUAAACGAAGACAGGCCUGAUGUGGUGAGAGGGGACUUUACGGAAGACGCUGACGUAGGCUCAUGAGGAACUUGAACCGAAUUGCGACAGAUGUCAUGUGGCAUGACACGCAGGUUUGACAUGUUGCUUGAGCUGGUCUUAACAGUGAAGAAUAUGGUGGCAAAGGUCAUCUAAAGGUGGACACUGAGGUGAAAAAAAAAAAAAAGCGGACAAAAUUGUUUAACCCUUUCAGGGAUUGCGGUUACUACAGUGGAUAGCUUAUCAUGUUAUUAGGUUACAGGGUGCACAUGAAAGGGUUAAGAUGCUGACUGGUCGCUUUGAGGGGAUCAGAAACGUACGAUACAAUUUUGACUUGCAUACCUAAUGUACCAAAAAGUGUUUUAUUUCGAGCGCAAGUUAAUACUGUUCUGUUGUAAUGGCUUUAGUUUACCA